UGUAAUGGCCGCCGUCAAGCGUUGUCGACGUACCUCUUGCUUACGACUACAAGUAAUAUCGAGUCAUCGUUUCUCAUUAUCCCCAAUUUGGUAAACGUUAAAAACUCUUGUCUUUGCAAAAGUGUGAACAAUAAAAAUAAAAAUCCCAUUAACAUUUUGAAUCAUAAAAAAAAGACUCCGGAUGACUCUGACAUCUGAGUGUUACUUUCGAUGUCUUCCACUGUUUAUGCAUCAACAACGGUCACUUGUAUCCAAAAAUCCACUCCUUAAACAAACACCAUCAACGCCCAUGUAAAAGUGUUUUAUAUAUUUAAAACUCGAGAAGAUGGAUAACGAGGAAUAAACAGUAAAUAUAUAAACGUGAUAUUCAAAGUUUAUUAUCAGUGUUCCACAACGAAUAAACAAAUGUAAUAUCUACGUGAGAGUUUCAAGGAUUGUAAGAAAGUGUAUGAAGUUGAAAAGAAAGUAGGCAGAAAAAAAACAGAAAAGAUUUUUAUGCUGCGAAAACAAAUUUUUACAAACAUCUGAAAUGACUGAAUCCAACCGUAUCACCACCGGUUGGAUUUCCCCGAGUCUUCCGUACUGACCCAACUACUCUAAACAAUGUUAUCAAACGUGUCAGGUUCCUCAAAUACUCCAGGACCACCGGAGAGCCCAGAAAAUCCGCAGAAUAAUCUAUCAGGUCUAUCAUGUUUCAUAACAGAGAAUGCUCCAACAGUUUCCCUGGACGACAAAAAGAAAUUCUGGCCAUCUCGAGAUUCUCCAGUUGUCUCUACGUCUCCAACACAUUCAGAAAGUGAAAUUUAUUCACCAUCCAGUGAUAUUGCUGACACUCAACCAGUUAAACGUAACGAUAUUAACAUGGGACAAAGUAGUAAAACUCCUUCGAUACCAAAAUCACCUCCACUUAUUAUCUCUGCACUCCAAAAAUCCUCUUCGAACUCAAAUUAUCGAGUGAUUAAUGGUGCAACUAAUGAGUUAGUAGAUGAAAAUAAUUCAACAUCUAGUGCUUCCAUUUCAAAUAGAAAAUUAUCAAACGAUGGAAUUAAGAAUAAAUCAAUUGUUAAAAAUAGUGUGCCAAAUCGGAGAUCGGCAUUGACAAUAAAAACCAGUGAUGCGCUGGAUGAAAAGUGUGGUGGAGAAGGUAAGGAAUGUAACAUAAGUGAUUUAAUGGAUUAUUCACCUGAAAAGAUAAAAGAACACAAGGCGAUCAAUUUUGAUACGGCGUGUGGACAAUUCCUAGUGAAAGACUUUACGACCAGUGAUGAGAGCAAUCGAAAGUUUGAUGUUGAUAAAAGGCGAGGGAGGAUGAGUGAAGAAACGAGGGAAUGCGUUAGUAAUUAUCUACUAACACACUCAGAAUUGCCCACUGAACUACAGUCUUCCCAGCGGUGUUACAAGGAUAGAGAACGAACUACUGAUCCUUGGAGGCCUACUGAGCUUGAGGGAUCCCUUGGUUAUGUGGAGAAGAGUAUUGGGGAGAGUGAUGGAAGCAAGAGAAGGACCGGUGCGUCUUGCCAAGCGUUAAGACAUGCUGUUGCCUCAUUGAAUCGACUCGAUGAUUUUCAUAUGGAGAAAAUUGGAGCUGGCUUCUUUUCUGAGGUUUAUAAGGUCACCCAUAAGGUAACGGCGCAAGUGAUGGUCCUCAAGAUGAAUCAGUUACCAGCAAACAGGCCGAACAUGCUUAAAGAAGUACAAUUAAUGAAUAAACUUAGUCAUCCUAACAUACUUAGGUUCAUGGGCGUUUGUGUGCACGAGGGUCAACUCCACGCACUGACAGAAUACAUAAACGGAGGUAGUCUGGAACAGCUUAUAAUGGCAAGGCAUACACCACUGAGCCAUUUAAAACGAAUGAACCUGGCCAGGGACGUGGCGCGUGGUAUGGCCUACCUGCACAGUAAAGGAAUUUUUCACCGGGAUUUAACGUCAAAAAAUGUCCUCAUAAAACGAGACGAAACAAAUGACGGUUUAAUGGCUGUGGUAGGAGAUUUUGGAUUAGCGGCUAAAAUACCUGACCCCAACUCUGGAUAUCGUCUAAGCACAGUGGGGAGUCCCUACUGGAUGUCACCAGAGUGUCUCAAGGGACAGUGGUACGAUCAUCGUUCAGACAUAUUCUCCUUUGGAAUUGUUGUCUGUGAAUUAAUUGGACGAGUACCGGCUGAUCCUGAUGUUUUACCUCGCUCUGACAAUUUUGGGCUUGAUUACCUCGCAGUUGCUGAGAUUUGUGCCGCGGCUGAUCCACCACCUGCCUUUCUUCAACUUGCCUUCAAUUGUUGCACUUAUGAACCAAAGUCACGUCCACUGUUUCCGGAAAUUGUAACGAUUCUGGAAAAUUUAAUAAUUGAAGAACAAAAUAAAGGAAGCCUAAGUAAACGACAAUCAGUCGACCCAGCGCUGAUCACGAGCAUGGAUGAAAUAGCGAGAGUAGGGAGGACAUUUACAAGAAGGAUUGCAAAGCACCGGAGUUUGUCUGCUGAUGCUAGAGGUUGCAAUACUGCCACGCCAUCGGAUAAGGCCAGGUGCCACUCAGCCAGGCGAAUUGCUGAGUUGGCGAGUCGACGAGAUCCCCACUAUCGUCCUAUGACUGCUAAUCCUUUUCACGCUCUUGGUGGAGUCAAAAAAAUCCUUGGUGACUUGUUUUCAAGUUGCUUAGAGCUUCCGUCUCUCGAAGACGUAAGGCUCAGUGUUACUGAUGGAGUUAGUGGAAAGUUUAAACCUGCCCAAAAUGACAGUAUUGCAAAAAUUCUGGAGAGGAAAAAACCGAGCUCAGAGCCUAGCAGUCCUACAGCUAGAAAAAAAUGGGAAAAGAAGGUUGCAACAAAGGUGGGAGUAGCGAGUCUAUUUACACAUCCCCUCUUUCGAGAUGGGUGGGAACCUCGUCGUCGAUUGAGCUGCGAGUCGGGCUUCUGGAGUUGCGUCGGAGAGGACUUGAGCCCAGAGCCACCGAAUCGCCGUCAUGCCUCAACCCUGAGUAGUUCAGCAGCUAGCAGUCUCUUUCUGUUGGAUGAUCACCGAACGAGCUCAAUAUAUACCGACUCAUCAGAGGACAUAGCAAGCCUAGGAGGCGGAGACUCUUCAUGCUGGGAGGAGAGAUUUGGGGGGAUUGGAUCUUCUAGUAGAACCAUUUCCAAAAUCGUUGAAUAUUUCGAAAGGAAACAGGCUACGGCAGGGGGUCUGAGAAUUGGUUUUGAUCAUACCAUUGAGGCUGCACCAAGCAGAAUUGGUCUUUUACGUGCUAGCCUCGAAGGUACUGUACCUUUAUGUAAUAUUUCAGCUGCACAGCGACUCGUCGUGUGCGAGGGCGCUGUUAGAAGUAAAUUACCCCUUUUUGAUAAAAAGUGACUCUUCCGACGCUUUCAAAACUGAAUUGUGAGUAUCCUUUGAAUUACUUUGAAAAUAUUUUCAGUUUCUUCUUAUGUAUGUAGGAUAAAGACAUUUAAAAGUGGAAAGAUUUUUUAAGGAUAUUUUUGUUUCCACUCACAUACAUUAUAUUACCUUUAUCUGUGCUAUUAAAAUGUUUAAAAGGCUAUGUCAAAACAUCUUUUUUAGUAGAGAAUAGGUUUUCUAUGAAGAAAAUUGUAUUAAAAAAUCAGGUAAACCUUUUAUUACUGUAGACAUCAGCCAAAUAAUACGCAAAUUUUUAUUCUUUCAGCGUUUCACAUGGCCAAUGUAAUCGUUAGUACGUAUUUAGUACCUUCAUUCGAUAAAUCGGUUGAACGCAUUAGACAAGGUAUGGAUUCUGAGCGAUUAAUUUGAGAUAUGUUUUGUUCAGUUGAAGAAGAGAUACCAAUGAGAAAUCAGUAAAUCUUCGAUGGUUGCGUUCAGCAUUACUAUUUUGAUCGUAUAAUCGGCAUUUUUCUCCAUUGAUUCAUCAAUUAAGAAUUCAAAGUCAUCGCGUAGAUAGAAAGGUACUUUUCCCCCUCAAAUGGAAACUGUAAAAUCACUUUUUAUUUCUCGACGAAAAGAAACUCGGCUAUCUCCUCUGGGAGUCAUGAGAUUGCAAAUGUGACUGUGAUGUUUUCUCAUAAUUUAGUAAUGAAAAUUACAUUUGGAAGUUUUGAUAAAUCGUUGAACCUCCGUCCUCCGUCCAGCAGUAUUUUUUUCGAGAAAUAGAAAAUGAGCAAGUCUUUUAACACCUUCCUCUAUUACUGUUUCAUUCAAAAAUUAUUUUUACUACAAAAAUCAAUGGAUAAAUCAAGUAAAGGUGAGUCAACUCAAUUUUAAAAAAUAGAGUCGUGGCUGAAUGGUGAACAACUAAUCCACAAUUUAGGUACGUGGCUACCAUCUUCGACAGUAUCUUUUAUUUCUUCACUCUUUACUGUCUCAUGUUAUUACAUAUUUCUGUUCCCUUCUUCCUCCCCUUCCAUACCAAAUAUUCAUAAAGACGGUUGUUGUGGCCUCCGGGUGGCUGGACGAUCGAAUAUUUCCCAAAAGGCCACCCCCAAGAACUAACUUGACCGCGACCAGUUACGUCCAAACGGAGACCAAACUAAAGUGGGAUCGUAUUGUGUGGGAUAAAACACUAAAGUGUACCAUGCUAGGUUACGCAGGAAUUCUAAUUAGGGAAAGGAUCACGCAGAGAGAGAGAGAAAAUCUUUCUACUGAUUAAUUUAGAGAUGUUUAUUGGGGUACUAAAAACACAGGAUUGUUACAACAAUCCAAGGUAAAACUGCUCAAUUUGAUGGGAGAGAUAGGUAAAACCGAGGUGAAGGAAGAAUUACAAUUGAUUCAAGACUUACAGUUGAUGAUAAACGGGGGGGAUAGAAGGUGCGCGCGAUCACUCAGUCGCGUCGUGGGCAGACUCGGCGGUUCCCUCGAAGGUUGAAGGGGUAGCUCUCGGUGAUUCCUUGAAGACGAGACGAUUCUCGGGGUGUGAAGGUGAGAUCGGUGAACUUGGAGAUUCGUUGCGAUGGUCUAGGUGUUCAGGGCGUUCACCCGGCAGGUGAGAAGGUGCCGAACCGGGGGUUCGGGCAGUGUAAAGAAAGACCCCAAUCUUCCGUCAGACCAGGGGUGGCGGCUCGGCUUCUCGUGAACUUCAGAUGUCGGGUCACUUUAUGGCUCGCUCGGUUUUCAUUCACCAACAAAGCGAACACUUAGUGCAGCUUUAUUACGAUCUUUUGAGGCUGGACUGUGUCAGUGGGUCGGUCAGCAGGUACUUGUCGCUCCGUGCAAGUGUUGCCUUUUAAACCCAGAAUGAAUGAGUUCAGGGGAGUCCUCGUUGCCAAUUUGAUUUCUUCUUACUUACGCAGCUUCGGCGUGGCAAUUUCUGAAGUGGGUUGGCUCAACUAGUCUGCAAUAGACUUACACAGCUCAGGCGUAAUUGUUGAUGAAGACGGUCUGGUCCCGUAGGUAGGACUCCGCUUCCUCGAGGGUAGCGUGGCUGAUGCAGGUGAAGACUAGCGAUGAACCAACUUGGCGAAUCAAGAUGGUGACACAAGAAAACUGAAGUGACAGACUAAGGUACUCGAAGUGAAGUGCCGUCAAGUCAAGUGACAAGUGAAGAAGAAAUCGUCUUCGCGGGUUGGGGCGGGAUCAUAUAUACCCUUGGUGGCGAUCAUCCCCCACCUAGGCCCGCGACCGUUAUUUGGUAAUAACUGUUAUUAAGAUAAUAACAGAUAACUUCAUCUCCGUUCCACUAACUCACCUGAGCCAAUAUCGCCUCCUCCCGUAAACGGCGUUGUUCUUCAUGCCGCUGACGAACUAUCUCCAUCUGGAGUUGCCUCUGGAAAAAUGCCUCCCGUCGCUGGGCCUCAGCUUCGAAACGAGAAGGGUCCGCCCGCAAAAGAACUUGCAAGGCCAGCUCAAAGGUCUCGUCAUGGAACCGGGCCCACUCACCCAAAAAGGAGGGGAUUUCCCCAGCUUCACCCAGAAAGCUCAACAGAGAGGUAAACCAACGAGAGUUGACCUCCCGAAAUUCAGAAAUCUGAAAAAAAAAAAAUUUUAAUAAAUAAAUAAAUAAAUAAUAGAUAUAAAAAUAAAUAUAUGUAUGUAUAUAGUCCCGCGAGGAAUUAAUCGAUAUGCCGGGAUUCGGCACUCAUCAUGGCGGUCCGCUUCCGGGAAUUCGGGAGUUCGUUGUCUUGUUCUGAGAAUCGGGAAAACCGUUGACAGCUGCGAUCGUCGCUCGGGUGGCGUGAUCUUCGUAUUCCCGAUUUUUACGACGUCUCGGCCUAUCAGCGAAGUCCAGUUGAUUUUGGGUCCAUUGUGGGAGAGGGGUUACGCUUCCUGUCACUCACCUGUCGGUCCUAGGGGGCCUUUCAAGGGUGGGGGUUGUUGCAGGACGUUGGCUCCCUCCUUGGGUUGCACGCGUGUCAAAUCCGCAGCGGGGCGUUUUACCGUAAUGCAUCUGGUGUCGGGCACCAUGUCUUUGUUUCGGGGACCGUCGUAGCGCCGACUUCGCGACAUAAUUCUCAUUAGGCUGACGUUUACAACCUGGCUUACUGGAGGGAGCGAGACGCCUCGUACCGUUUCCAGGUUUCAACCUGGGUCCAGGGGGGUGCACUCCUGUGUACGAGGGGCACGAGUCAUCCCUCGCCUGGUGGCAGCUGGACGUCCUUCCCAGCUCCAGCCCAGGGCUUAUAUCUCGGUUUCUGGGAAUUGCCUCCGAUAACCGGGAGGAUUCUUAGUAUUGGGGUACUCGAUUUCCCAUUCACCUUUUCAGUUA